AGGUCGGAACAAUAGCGGGUGGAGGGGAGGGGGCCGGCGGCGAGGCUCGGCACCGGCACCCGCACCCCGCCCCGGGCCGCGCCGCCCAGCGCAGCCCGGGGGCAGCGCAGCCCAGCCCCGGGGCAGCCGCCCCGCAGGCACCGCGGAAGGGAUGAUCCGGGCGGCGCUCGGCUGGGCUCGCUGCUAAACGCGCCUCCAUCCCUCCCUCCCUCCUCUUCUCCCUCCCUCUCUCCCUCCCUCUCUCUCGGCUCUCCUCCUCCCUAACUCACUGGAUAUUACCAGCCGCCGGGCUCGCCGCCGCCUCUCCCCCAGCCAUGAAUCCUGCCGAAGGGGCGGCGGAGGAAGGCGCUGUCCCCGACUCCGAGGUGGAUGCUUUCUUCCGAACAGGUUCUUUUCGAAAUGAUGGAUUAAAAGCUGCUGAUGUCCUUCCUAUACUGAAGGAGAAAGUGGCCUUUGUGUCAGGUGGCCGUGAUAAACGAGGUGGUCCUGUCUUGACCUUCCCAGCCCGCAGCAAUCACGACAGAAUAAGGCAGGAAGACCUUCGGAAACUUGUGACUUAUUUGGCCAGCGUGCCAAGCGAAGAUGUUUGUAAACGAGGAUUCACUGUUAUUAUCGAUAUGCGGGGAUCCAAAUGGGAUUUGAUCAAACCGCUCCUAAAGACCCUUCAGGAAGCCUUUCCUGCUGAGAUUCACGUUGCCCUGAUUAUAAAACCUGAUAAUUUCUGGCAGAAGCAGAAAACGAACUUUGGCAGUUCCAAGUUCAUCUUCGAGACAAGUAUGGUAUCUGUUGAAGGCCUGGCAAAACUUGUAGAUCCUUCUCAACUGACGGAUGAGUUUGAAGGAUCCUUGGAUUACAACCACGAUGAAUGGAUAGAGUUGCGUGUCUCCUUGGAAGAAUUUUUCAACAGUGCCAUCCAUUUAUUAUCGAGGUUGGAGGAUCUCCAGGAAAUGUUGGCUAGGAAGGAGUUUCCAGUUGAUGUUGAGGGCUCAAGAAGGCUGAUCGAUGAGCACACGCAGCUUAAGAAAAAAGUGAUUAAAGCUCCUGUGGAAGAACUGGAUCGUGAGGGUCAAAGGUUAUUACAAUGCAUAAGAUGCAGUGAUGGUUUUUCUGGUAGGAAUUGCAUUCCCGGAAGUGCAGAUUUUCAAAGUCUUGUGCCAAAGAUCACCAGCCUUUUAGACAAGCUGCAUUCUACUCGGCAACACUUGCAUCAGAUGUGGCAUGUCCGCAAGCUGAAACUGGACCAGUGCUUUCAACUCCGGCUUUUUGAGCAAGAUGCUGAGAAGAUGUUCGACUGGAUCAGCCACAACAAAGAAUUGUUCCUGCAGAGUCACACGGAGAUUGGCGUGAGCUACCAACAUGCCCUUGACCUACAGACGCAGCACAAUCACUUUGCCAUGAAUUCCAUGAAUGCCUACGUCAACAUCAAUCGGAUCAUGUCUGUUGCGUCAAGGCUUUCCGAGGCAGGCCAUUAUGCUUCUCAGCAAAUUAAACAAAUAUCUAGCCAGCUGGAUCAAGAGUGGAAGAGUUUUGCUGCAGCUCUGGAUGAGCGCAGCACCAUCUUAGCCAUGUCUGCUGUCUUUCACCAGAAAGCUGAACAGUUCCUUUCAGGUGUGGAUGCGUGGUGCAAAAUGUGCAGUGAAGGAGGCCUUCCCUCAGAAAUGCAAGACCUGGAACUGGCCAUCCAUCACCAUCAGACCCUGUAUGAACAAGUAACACAGGCCUACACAGAGGUGAGCCAGGAUGGAAAAGCUUUGCUGGAUGUCCUACAGCGUCCCUUGAGCCCUGGGAAUUCUGAAUCUCUCACUGCUACUGCAAACUACUCCAAGGCUGUUCACCAGGUGUUGGAUGUGGUACAUGAAGUCCUGCAUCACCAGAGGCGCCUAGAGAGCAUCUGGCAACACAGAAAGGUCCGGCUACAUCAAAGGCUGCAGCUAUGUGUUUUCCAGCAGGAUGUUCAACAGGUUCUGGACUGGAUUGAAAAUCAUGGGGAAGCCUUUCUGAGUAAACAUACGGGAGUAGGGAAAUCUCUACACAGAGCACGCGCGCUGCAGAAACGACAUGAUGAUUUUGAAGAGGUAGCACAGAAUACGUACACCAAUGCAGACAAGCUUUUGGAGGCUGCAGAACAGUUGGCUCAGACUGGGGAAUGUGACCCUGAAGAGAUCUAUAAAGCAGCCCGGCAUCUGGAAGUACGGAUUCAGGACUUUGUCCGGAGGGUGGAACAGAGGAAACUUCUCUUGGACAUGUCAGUCUCCUUCCAUACCCACACCAAAGAGCUGUGGACAUGGAUGGAAGAUCUGCAGAAGGAGCUCUUAGAGGAUGUCUGUGCUGACUCCGUGGAUGCAGUUCAGGAGCUUAUCAAGCAGUUUCAGCAGCAACAAACAGCCACCUUGGAUGCUACACUCAAUGUUAUUAAAGAAGGGGAAGAUCUAAUUCAACAGCUCAGGGACUCCGCCGUUUCCAACAAUAAGACUCCACACAAUAGCUCCAUCAGCCACAUUGAAUCUGUCCUUCAGCAGCUCGACGAGGCCCAGGUACAGAUGGAAGAGCUUUUCCAUGAGAGGAAGAUUAAGCUAGACAUUUUCCUUCAGCUCCGGAUUUUUGAACAGUACACCAUUGAGGUUACAGCAGAGUUAGAUGCCUGGAAUGAAGAUCUGCUGAGACAAAUGAAUGAUUUCAAUACUGAAGACCUCACUCUGGCUGAGCAGCGUUUGCAACGUCACACAGAGCGAAAGUUGGCCAUGAACAACAUGACCUUUGAAGUCAUCCAGCAAGGGCAAGAUUUACACCAAUACAUCAUGGAGGUCCAAGCUUCAGGCAUUGAGCUGAUCUGUGAAAAAGACAUUGAUCUUGCAACACAGGUUCAAGAACUGCUGGAAUUCCUUCAUGAGAAACAACAUGAACUGGAGCUUAACGCUGACCAAACUCACAAGAGGUUAGAGCAGUGCCUACAACUCCGGCACCUACAGGCUGAAGUCAAGCAGGUCCUUGGCUGGAUCAGGAAUGGUGAAUCAAUGCUGAAUGCAAGCCUCGUCAAUGCAAGCUCCCUUUCUGAAGCUGAGCAGCUCCAGCGAGAGCAUGAGCAGUUUCAGCUAGCCAUAGAGUCCCUCUUUCAUGCCACUUCCUUACAGAAGACACACCAGAGUGCCCUACAGGUCCAGCAGAAAGCUGAAGUGUUGCUACAGGCUGGGCAUUAUGAUGCUGAUGCUAUCCGAGAGUGUGCUGAAAAGGUGGCCCUGCACUGGCAGCAGCUGAUGCUGAAGAUGGAGGACAGGCUCAAACUUGUCAAUGCCUCAGUGGCCUUCUACAAAACUUCUGAGCAGGUGUGCAGCGUAUUAGAGAGUUUGGAGCAAGAAUACAGACGGGAUGAGGACUGGUGUGGAGGUCGAGAUAAACUUGGACCAGCAGCUGAGAUAGACCACGUCAUCCCUCUGAUCAGCAAACAUCUGGAACAGAAGGAGGCUUUUCUCAAGGCCUGUACACUGGCACGAAGGAAUGCUGAAGUGUUCCUCAAGUACAUCCACAGGAACAAUGUCAGCAUGCCUGGAGUAGCAAGCCAUACAAGGGGGCCCGAGCAGCAAGUGAAAGCCAUUCUGAGUGAGCUGCUGCAGAGGGAGAACCGGGUCCUUCACUUCUGGACCCUGAAGAAGCGGAGAUUAGAUCAGUGCCAACAAUAUGUUGUCUUUGAGCGCAGUGCCAAGCAGGCCUUAGACUGGAUCCAAGAAACAGGCGAAUAUUACCUCUCUACUCACAACUCCACAGGGGAAUCAGCAGAAGAAACUCAGGAACUCCUGAAGGAAUAUGGGGAAUUCAGAGUGCCUGCCAAGCAAACAAAGGAGAAAGUGAAGCUCCUCAUCCAGCUGGCUGAUAGCUUUGUAGAAAAAGGACAUAUACACGCCACUGAAAUUAGGAAAUGGGUCACCACCGUCGACAAACGCUACCGUGACUUCUCUCUCAGGAUGGGGAAAUACCGCUACUCUCUGGAAAAAGCCCUUGGAAUCAAUACAGAGGAUAACAAGGACCUAGAACUAGAUAUUAUUCCAGCAAGUCUUUCAGACCGGGAGGUAAAGCUACGAGAUGCAAACCAUGAAGUCAAUGAAGAAAAAAGAAAGUCAGCCAGAAAAAAAGAAUUCAUUAUGGCUGAGCUGCUUCAGACAGAAAAAGCUUAUGUCAGGGAUUUGCAUGAAUGCUUAGAGACUUACCUUUGGGAAAUGACAAGUGGAGUGGAAGAAAUACCCGCUGGUAUCCUUAAUAAGGAACACAUCAUCUUUGGCAAUAUUCAGGAGAUAUAUGACUUUCAUAACAACAUUUUUCUAAAAGAACUAGAGAAAUACGAACAACUGCCUGAGGAUGUGGGCCACUGCUUCGUCACCUGGGCAGAUAAAUUUCAGAUGUAUGUCACCUACUGCAAAAACAAGCCUGACUCCAGCCAGCUCAUCCUGGAACAUGCAGGGACCUUCUUUGAUGAAAUUCAACAAAGACAUGGACUGGCCAACUCUAUCUCUUCUUAUUUAAUCAAGCCUGUCCAGAGGAUCACAAAAUAUCAACUCUUACUGAAGGAACUGCUGACCUGCUGCGAGGAGGGCAAAGGGGAACUCAAAGAUGGUCUGGAAGUGAUGCUCAGUGUCCCAAAGAAGGCCAACGAUGCAAUGCACGUCAGCAUGCUGGAAGGGUUUGAUGAGAACCUGGACGUCCAGGGAGAGCUGAUUCUUCAAGAUUCCUUCCAAGUGUGGGAUCCCAAGUCUCUCAUUCGGAAAGGUCGUGAAAGGCAUUUGUUCCUUUUUGAAAUCUCUUUGGUGUUUAGCAAAGAGAUCAAAGAUUCUUCAGGACACACAAAAUAUGUUUACAAGAACAAGUUACUGACCUCAGAACUGGGAGUGACUGAACAUGUUGAAGGAGAUCCCUGUAAAUUUGCUUUGUGGUCUGGACGAACACCAUCCUCAGACAAUAAAACAGUGCUCAAAGCAUCCAGUAUUGAGACAAAACAGGAAUGGAUCAAAAAUAUCCGGGAAGUCAUUCAAGAAAGGAUUAUUCAUCUGAAGGGGGCUCUGAAGGAGCCAAUUCAGCUCCCCAAGACACCAGCAAAGCAGCGAAACAACAGUAGAAGAGAUGGAGUAGAUGACGCAGACAGCCAAGGAGAUGGCAGCAGUCAACCUGACACUAUUUCCAUUGCGUCCAGGACAUCACAGAACACAGUGGACAGCGAUAAGCAUUUCGUCUACGGCAGAGACACAGGACAGUUGUCUGGAGGGUGCGAACUAACUGUGGUGCUCCAGGACUUCACAGCCAGCCACAGCAGCGAGCUGAGCAUUCAGGUGGGGCAGACGGUAGAGCUGCUGGAGAGGCCGAGCGAAAGGCCAGGCUGGUGUUUGGUCCGGACCACGGAGCGGAGCCCGCCUCAGGAGGGUCUGGUCCCCAGCAGCGCGCUCUGCAUCUCCCAUUCCCGCAGCAGCGUGGAGAUGGAUUGCUUCUUCCCUUCAGGAAAAGACGCAUAUUCGGUCUCUUCCAAUGACAAUGGCGGCAAGUCUGAUUCAGUGGCCAACUUACAACCUCAGCCAUCCCUCAACUCCAUCCAGAGCUCUCCUGGCCCCAAGCGCUCAACCAACACCCUGAAGAAAUGGCUGACUAGUCCUGUGCGCCGGCUGAACAGUGGCAAAACCGAGAGCAACAUCAAGAAACAUAAAAAGGUGCGAGAUGGCAGGAAGAGCUUUGACCUCGGCUCACCAAAGACCGGAGAUGAAACCACUCCUCAAGGAGACAGCGCAGAUGAGAAGAGCAAGAAAGGUUGGGGCGAAGAUGAACCAGAUGAAGAGUCUCACACACCUCUUCCUCCUCCCAUGAAGAUUUUUGACAAUGAUCCAACCCAAGAUGAGAUGACCCUUGAAGGAGGAUCUUACCGAGGAAGCUUAAAAGACACCACUGGCUGCUUAAAUGAGGGAAUGACGCCUUCAACUCCCCCACGAAACCUUGAAGAGGAACAAAAAGCCAAAGCAAUGAGAGGCAGGAUGUUUGUCUUAAAUGAGCUGGUACAGACUGAAAAAGACUACGUCAAAGACUUGGGAACUGUUGUGGAGGGCUUCAUGAAAAGGAUGGAAGAAAAAGGAGUUUCUGAAGAUAUGAAAGGGAAAGACAAGAUAGUAUUUGGCAAUAUUCACCAGAUCUACGACUGGCACAAAGACUUUUUCCUGGCUGAACUGGAAAAAUGUCUUCAAGAACCCGAGCGUUUAGCACAGCUUUUUAUUAAGCAUGAGCGGCGAUUACACAUGUAUGUGGUAUAUUGCCAAAACAAGCCACGAUCUGAAUAUAUAGUAGCUGAGUAUGAGGCAUACUUUGAGGAGGUUCAACAGGAAAUAAGCCAACGGUUAACCAUCAGUGACUUUCUAAUCAAACCCAUUCAAAGAAUAACUAAAUACCAGCUUCUUCUCAAGGACUUCCUGAGGUACAGUGAAAAAGCUGGUCUGGAGUGCUCCGAUGUAGAGAAAGCAGUUGAAUUAAUGUGCCUUGUACCAAAACGUUGCAAUGAUAUGAUGAACCUGGGUCGCCUGCAAGGCUUUGAGGGCAAGCUGACAGCGCAAGGCAAGCUGCUGCAGCAGGACACCUUCUAUGUGACAGAGCAGGAUUCUGGCGUUCAGUCUCGACCAAAGGAGCGUAGGGUGUUUCUCUUUGAGCAAAUAGUUAUUUUCAGCGAACUCCUUAGAAAAGGAUCUUUAACACCAGGCUACAUGUUCAAGAAAAGCAUAAAGAUGAACUACCUUAUCAUUGAAGAAAAUGUGGACAACGAUCCCUGCAAGUUUUCUCUAAUGAGCCGGGAAACAUCAGAGAGAGUCAUUUUACAGGCAGCUAAUCCAGAAAUUCAACAAGCUUGGGUACAGGACAUCAACCAGGUCCUGGACACACAAAGAGAUUUCCUAAAUGCGCUACAGUCUCCCAUAGAGUACCAACGCAAAGAAAGUAGCUCAGCAGUGCUGAGGCCCCAGACCAGUAGGGUCCCUCAGCCCAACAGCAGACCCUAUUCUUCUGUUCCAGUAGGGUCUGAGAAGUCUUUGAAGGCUACAAGCCGUAACCCAUCUCUCCCACCCCUGAAGAUAUCUACCUCCAACGGCAGUACAGGGUAUGAACACUCACAGCCCGGAGACAAGUAUGAACAAAGCAAGACUGAUUUGGGAGGGUGCAAUGGGACCUCUUCCAUGGUGGUGAUUAAAGAUUACUAUGCACUGAAGGAGGAUGAGAUCUGUGUGAAUCAAGGAGAGGUGGUUCAGGUCCUUGCUAUCAACCAGCAGAACAUGUUCCUGGUUUACCAGCCUGCAAGCGACCACUCUCCAGCCGCUGAAGGAUGGAUCCCCGGCAGUAUCUUGGCUCCCCUUACUAAAUCCACUACAGAUAAUAGCGACGGAAGCAUCAAGAAGUCAUGUUCAUGGCAUACCCUGCGCAUGAGAAAGCGGGCGGAAAAGGAGAGCAGUGGCAAAAAUGAAGCCAAUGGGCCACGUAAAUCCAAGGAUAUUCUGGGGAACAAAGUCUCUGUUAAAGAGACAAACAGCUCAGAGGAAUCAGAGUGUGAUGACCUUGACCCCAAUACUAGCAUGGAGAUAAUCAACCCCAAUUUCAUUCAAGAAGUGGCUCCAGAGUUUCUUGUGCCAUUAGUGGACAUUACCUGCCUGCUCGGCGACACAGUGAUGCUGCAGUGCAAAGUCUGUGGACGGCCCAAACCAACUAUAACCUGGAAAGGACCAGAUCAGAACAUUCUUGACAAUGACAGCAGCACAGCCACUUACACAGUGUCAUCCUGUGACUCUGGGGAGCUGACCUUGAAGAUCUGCAACCUGAUGCCUCAGGACAGUGGCAUUUACACCUGUGUGGCAACCAACGAACACGGAACCGCAUCAACCUCUGCAACCAUCAAAGUUCAAGGUGUCCCAGCUGCCCCAAAUCGCCCCAUUGCUCAGGAGAGAAGCUGCACUUCUGUGAUCCUACGCUGGCUACCCCCAUCCAGUACAGGCAAUUGCACCAUCUCAGGCUACACUGUGGAGUACAGGGAAGAAGGCUCACAGGUCUGGCAGCAGUCAGUAGCCUCAACUUUGGACACAUAUCUUGUCAUUGAGGACCUGGCCCCAGGCUGCCAGUAUCAGUUUCGAGUGAGUGCCAGCAAUCCCUGGGGGAUCAGCUUGCCCAGCGACCCUUCUGAAUUUGUGAGGCUCCCAGAGUAUGACUCUGCUGCUGAUGGUGCCACUAUUGCAUGGAAGGAAAACUUUGACCUCGCUUAUGCAGAGCUGCAUGAGAUUGGGAGGGGUCGCUUCUCCAUAGUAAAGAAAUGCGUUCACAAAGCCACCCGGAAAGACGUUGCUGUGAAAUUCAUUAGUAAAAAAAUGAAAAAGAAAGAGCAGGCAGCACACGAAGCAGCUUUGUUACAGCACUUACAGCAUCCUCAGUACAUCACUAUCCACGAUACCUACGAGUCUCCUACUUCUUACAUCUUAGUUUUGGAACUGAUGGAUGAUGGUCGUCUCUUAGAUUAUCUAAUGAACCAUGAUGAACUUAUGGAGGAAAAAGUCGCUUUCUAUAUAAGAGACACAAUGGAAGCCUUACAGUAUCUUCACAACUGCAGAGUGGCUCACUUAGACAUAAAGCCAGAAAAUCUGCUCAUUGAUUUAAGAAUCCCGGUACCUCGUGUCAAGAUCAUUGAUUUGGAAGAUGCAGUUCAGAUCACAGGUCAUUACCACAUCCACCACCUCCUUGGAAACCCAGAGUUCGCAGCUCCUGAAGUUAUCCAAGGCCUUCCUGUCUCUCUGAGCACAGAUAUCUGGAGCAUUGGGGUCCUCACCUAUGUCAUGUUAAGUGGUGUCUCUCCAUUCCUGGAUGAAAGCAAAGAGGAGACUUGUAUCAAUGUGUGCAGAGUAGAUUUCAGCUUCCCGCCUGAGUACUUCUCCGAUGUGAGUCAUGCUGCCAGGGAUUUCAUCAACGUUAUCCUCCAGGAAGACUUCAGGAGAAGGCCGACAGCAGCCACUUGUUUACAGCAUCCGUGGCUGCAACCACACAACGGCAGCUAUUCCAAGAUCCCACUGGAUACCUCCCGCUUGGCUUCCUUCAUCGAGCGCCGCAGGCAUCAGUACGACGUGCACCCAGUCCCCAGCAUCAAGAGUUUCCUGAUGAGCAGGCUGAACCCAGGGACGUAAUGCCUCCAUCGCUGGGGUCCCACACUGCUGGUCCUGAGGCAAGGUGCAGGGAGCAAGCAGGUGCAAAGCGGAUCUGUCUGUACAUAGUCCCGUAUUUGGCGUUAGCAUUUCACAUGGCUUCCCUAACUGCAGGGUACAAACCAUUGCGGAGGUGGCAGCACCUGCCCGCUUCCUUGGGACCAAAGCACAGGGGGUAAUGGCAGCGGGUACCUGCUCCCUCCCCUUGGCAGGCUCCUCUCGGGACACGUGGUAUUCUUGCAUCCACUGCCAAAAAAAGGAACUGUGGGAAGCAAACGCCAACUGGAAAUGAGAGCCAGAAUUGCAGUUGCCUUAACCUUUGUGAGGCAGCCUUACAAGAAAUCCUCUUGAUCUUGCUGAAUUGAAUUCAAAAUGUACGAGAGAUUAGGAGUAGGAUAGUGGGGGGGGGGGGGGGGGGGGGGGCGGAGUGAGACUAGGCUGACCUUAGCAUGUACUGCAGAACCGGACUGAAGUCGGUUUUUGCUGAAAUUGUUGCAAGUCUGCUCCAGGUUAACAGACAGAUUUUUCAUGCCCCGAAUGCCCAGGUCUGCCAUGAUUGCAGUGGGGACUUUGUCUGCAUAGGACAUGCAAGAUCAGGCUCUAGUCACUGCUGGAUCAGCUUCCGUGGUGGCAUGGCUUACAUACACUCUUGUUGCAUGGUAGUGCUCAGACCAAAAUCCCCCAUUAAUCCUUGGGCUUUCUGCUGUGUCAAGUCAACAUGCAGUACCUUUUGGAGCUACGAUUAAGGCAAUGAAUUCAUUGGAGCAUACAGCUGGUUUUGACUAAGCACAAUGGGACUAUGAUGGGUUUUUUAAAAGCAUUUUAUACACACUGUACAGAAAUCUUUUGCAAAACCUGUGCAUUGAGAAAAGGCUGUGUCCAAUUUUUGCAGUAUCUGUAAACUAGAUGAUGAUGAUGAAGACAUUUUUUUCUAUCACAGGUUUUCAGUAUACAUAUAUUGUAUCAUAUAUAUAAAUAUAUAUAUAUAUAUAAAGGAUCUUGUUCCAUUUCUAGCUUCAGAAUUGCUUGGCCCAAAGUCCAUCUAAGCCUUUCAGAGUGUGGUAGGAAUGGUGAGUUCAUCCUUGUGCUUACAGCUUGAAAAUUGUUUUCAGUGUUUAAAGUACGUCAUUUGUUUCAUUUCCAAACUUGUAAAUACCUCUCAGCCCCCGUUAGCACCUCAUCAACAAAGCAUUCAUGAGGAUAUUUUUAUGUCCGAAGCCUAAUUUGUAACAAAAUAAAAAAUAUUCACAAUUAAAACAUUGCUCUCUUGCAAGCCAAGUUGCAACAUCGUCAUAUUGAUGUUACAGUGAUGGAGCCAGCCUUAAGUAUAACCAAUGCAGGGAGUCUGCAGUGACAAAACCCCAGUUUGUAGGCUGGCCAAAUUUUCUUCUCUAGCAGUGGGAGUGGGAGGGGAAACACCUCCCCAGCUAGGUCUUCUCUCUCCUGCUGCUGCACCAUAAAACCCUGCAGCCUUGUAGGGUGGCGAUCAAGGAGAUAUUUUUCCCACCACCACCCCCGGCAUGCGAGGACUUUGUCUUGGUGCUGAGAGACAUUGCUGUGCCUGUAAUGGAAAAUGUCAGUUGUUACCAAAGGUUUUCCUAAGGAAAAGGGCUUGAUCUGACCAUGGGUGCUCAGUAUAGACUCUCUUGUAAGGGCAAGAGUCAAAUUUAAUUUACCAUCCAAGUAACUGCACUGUGAGCCUGCCAUGUACCUGCAGGAGCAAAAGCUGUCUCUGCCAGCAGGUAGUGGAGAUACUCUGCAAGUACUGUUAAAUUCUCAGGGCUCUGCUAGCCCCUUUUUUUGAUCCACCUCCAAGCUCAGUUUCACAGCAGGUAGGAGACCUAACCUCUUUGUGCUUGCUCUAUCAGUAUGCUGGAGUGGUCAGUGUUUUGCUAGUGGAGAAGAAAGGAGGCACAGCAAAAAAACCAACGUUCAGCACUGUGUGCAUCUAAUACAAGGACAGACCUUGAGGCUGGGGAGCCACAGUCAGAAGUCUGAGCCCAGGUGCCUGAGCAGAGUCAGAAGUGGUGUACAAGGCUGUGUGGCUGAUGGAGAGAGAUUUGAGACAGAGGGAAGUGGUGGAAAGGCUUGAAAGAGGGGGUGUUCACAGAAAGCUGAACCUUCUGGAUCCAUGAGAACCUAUCUCGGUUCCUCUGUAGUACAGCAGCUAAUUUUCUAAGCAAUCCAGCAGCACCUCUUAGACAAAGACUCUCAUCCUGAGCAAGAGUGUGAAGUAUGUGACUUCUUAGCAAUGGAAACUUCUUCAGACAGCAGUCAUCAAGGGGUGUCUUUAAUUAGCACCAGCCUCAGGUACUCUCUCACUACAGGACUGUUUGUACUUCUUCCUAUUUGUCAAAGCUGGCUCUUUGUGCUGGAUUGUGCUGCCCUUAAAAAAAUAUUUAUGGAAGUGUGGUUUAUAAAACCCACAGCUUUUAUUAGCCCUGUUAAACCGGGUACAGUUUAAGCCACAGCCUUUCUGCUUGGCAUUAAUACAAACAAAUUCUCGUGUAUCACAUGAAAUCUGGAGUUAUUUAGCAUUUUAUUUUCCUACUUCCUACACUUGCAUCUCAAACUGCAACAGCAGACACUUUGGAUGCACAGGGGAGAAAAGCUCGAUUGUUUAAGAGAGUAGUUAAGCCUCAUUGCCAUCAAAUAACAGGGGGGUGGGAAACAAACAAAAGGCUGAAAGGGAAUACGUGUUUAGGUAUCGGUGCUCAGGUUCAAAAAAGAGAUUCCUUAUUAAGGGAGAGCUGGAGGUGCUGAACUCUGAAGAUUUUGAGUAUUAUGGGAUUGCUUUCCUUUAUGGUUCUGUUUUUUCCAUAUUCAUGUCAAAGAACUCCUCUUCUUCCUGGGCACUGCUCUUCAUACAGCACAUUCAGGAAAACUUGAACUCAUUAUUACUUCCAGAUACAUUUGUGAUGAUCAACCAUUCUUGCAUUUUAUCGCAAAGAUUUCUUUUGCCUGAAUGCUAUCAAGUUGACAGAAAAUGUUGCUGCAUGAUAAAUACAGAGGAAGUAUUCUGACCUUGCUCUCUCCAGGUCUUUUGCAGCCCACCUGUGGCCCCUCUGCAGUUCCAACAGAUCCUGUAACUCUGUUGUAAAUUGUAACUUUGCUGUAAAGAGAUUACAGAAGCUCAGUAAGUAGGCCUGGAGUGAGCCCACUGGGUGGGAAGCUCCACAGCCAACCCCCUUUGCAGCAUUCUUUAACUACUGGAUCUUUUUGUGUAUGAAAUAUUGCCUGUAACAAACAUGUGGUAACGCAGUUUCUCAUAGAGUUCUGUUAGGCCUUUACAAAGCUCCCCAGAGAGCAGCUGACUCUGAGAGGAAGAUUUCCACCUGCAGCUUUACCACUCAGGGUUUUCCCAAGGUGGCUGAGUGAAGGUGUAGUGGCAGCUGCACCCUCUGGCUUCUGCAGCAGCUUCGUACCAACUAGCAUGACCAACAGUAACGCCAGCCACAGAGCACCGCCAGCUCAGCGCAGACUGGCACUGUGCACACAGCCACCACCUUCAGGCAUCUUGACCGUGCUCUUACCCUGCACUGACAUCAAAGUACAUGUGCUCACCGUGUCCGCCAGUGCUGGGCUGGGACUGGCCUGCAGGAAGGCAGCAGCAAAGGUGCCAGUGAAACAGAGCCCAGAGGGCACGGUGACAUGUGGCAUUCAUUAUUUAAUAUGGCUACAUUGAAAGAACACACGUGGCAACGAGAACUCACCUCUCUCCCUCUGCUCCACUUCAAGGAGCCGGGCCAGGCAGUUUCACUCCUAGCCAUCAAAUAGGAAAUCUGAUUGCCCGUGUAAUAGUGUCAGCUCCCAUCGGCUGUCCAAAGCACUUGCUGCCCUGUGGGAGAUCCCCACCACUCCACACAGCUGCCAACCCCCUACGCAUGCUACUACAGGGAUGACACACAGCCAGGCCAGGGUUUUAGACUGUAGUAUUUCAAAGCAAUCCAGGAUUUAGAAUGUAUAAAUUUUCUCUGUUCCUACUUGUACCAACAAGCCUUGUUUAGUUUUACUGCCCUUUUAAAUGACUAUUUUUUUCCCAGUAACAUUUAUAUUUAAAAGCAUUUUACUUUUAAAUAAAGUUAAUGCUGAGACAAAAUCUGUGCCCUUGACCGACAUUUACAAGUUCUGAGGCUUCAGUGGAGUUCAUCAGCAUUUCUGAGCAUGCUAUUAGGCCCGUGUUACAAAUACUGUGAAAAAAGGUUAAGCAGAACCACACAUUAUGACCUGACAAUAUACAACUGUAUUUUAAUACCCUUGCCCUGACAGGACUGCAUCAAGUCACUGGAUAAUGUAAAUUUCAGAGGCAGAUGUAAAGGCUAGUCUGUAUAUACAGAGGUCUAACAGAUAAUUAACACGCACAGGGGCCAACCACCUGAUUUUAUUUCUGUUCCUUUCACUGCAGAGGUAAAUUCUCCUCUAACACAGGGCUUGGAUUUAUUUUCCAGCUCAUUCUUUCAUGUCCCAUCAGAAAAUGGUGCUCUCCCAAGGAAACAAAAUAAAAUCCCAUUGUACUAGGCUGACUGCACACUGCCAUCAAGUGAUGAAUUCUCGUUCUGGGAUCUGUGUAGUGGUGAAUGUUACCAUAGCGUCAGGAUGCUGAAUAUUCGCUGUAACUGUAGUCUUUAUUAUGAAGCUAGUGAAAAAAACAACAUCUUCUCUACUCAAGCCAUAUUUCACCUUCAUGUCCAACUUCUGAUGCUGGUGCUUUUACUUCUCUUUCUACCAAACUGUUCAGCGUUGCUCUGCCACUGAGAUCAAUUUGCUGAUAACUUUUGGAAGGCAAAUGCAACAGAAGGUGCAAAAAACCCCCCCUUACAUCUCAGAUAAGAGCAUUACUGAGAUAAGAGCAAACAGCUGGAAUAUGUAGAUGCUUUUCAAUCUUUGCAACGAUUGACUGAAGGAGGAAAAAAGAAACAGUAUUGCUAACAGCUCAGCAUUUUCAAGGUGCAAAGUAAUUCCACAGCCUUAAUUAUUUCAGUGUAUUGCUGUUCUGCCUUAAAUGUAUCUUCAGUUUUAAUGCGGAUUUCAUUUUGUAUGCACACAAUGUUGUUUUGUAAAGGUAAGUUUGUAAAUAUUUCCUUUGUAAGUCUAACCACUCAUGUGUACUGUUGUGAGGUGAUUACUUGCUGUCCCAUGUUGUUAUUCCUGUACUGCGGUAUAUAUGAUCACCUACGGAUGUAGCUUCGAACUGUACAUCUUCUGUCCCCGCAUUCCCAUAAAUAGAGUAUACUAAUGAUUUAGUUUCUGGGCUUUUUUGAUUAAACACCGUUGUUGAGAGAA